UCGGCGGGGAAAGGUAUCAAUUUAUUUUUAAUUAUUAUUUUUUUUCUGGAAACCGAUUAAAUCUGGAGGAAUACCGUUACAGUCGAGCCUCGAAUGUGGAUGAACCUUUUAUCCAAAAUGACAAAUCGUGUCGCCAGAGAGUCUUUCCAAGACAUGGAUUCUUCAUCGCCCUCAACUUUCGACUCGGAGGAUUAUACUCCAACAGAUAAGAGGUGUAGGACAGUCGAAGAUUUUAAUAAAUUCUGCACGUUUGUCUUGGUUUAUGCUGGUUACAUUCCCUACCCUCAAGAAGAGGUGCCUCUGCGGAACAGUUCCAGCCCUCCCAACAGCACAGGCAGUACCGUGGAGAGUGAACCUUGGGACAUCCCAUUGUCUGUCCCUAACACCAAUAAAGGCAGAAAGACUUUCAGCGGUUUCAAAAAGGCCAAGCCGUACUCAUUUCUGAAACACCACAAAUCAGGCAGCUUCAUGCUGCCCCCGUUCAACCGCAGGAAGCCCGACAAGGUGAAAAGGAGGCGUGAGAUGAGGGCAAAGGAUGACCGCCUAAAGCUAGAAGAACCACAGAUUGAAGAGGUCAGCAAGCAGGAGCCACCUGACCCCAUCGCAGAAACCAGUGUAUUGUCUCCUGUCCAUGGAGCAGAGGAUACAACAACAGCUUCGAUUUUCCUGAAGCAUCUCUCUCAGGAACCCCUUGCCCAGCAGUCCCUCGUUCAGCAGCCCAUCACUCCAGAGGCCUGCGUUCAGCAGCCCCUGACUCUGGAGGCCCGUGUUCAGCAGCCCCUGACUCUGGAGGCCCGCGUUCAGCAGUCCCUCACUGUGGAGGCCCGCGUUCAGCAGUCCCUCACUGUGGAGGCCCGCGUUCAGCAGUCCCUCACUGUGGAGGCCCGCGUUCAGCAGCCCCUCACUCCGGAGACCCGCGUUCAGCAGCCCCUCACUCCGGAGACCCGCGUUCAGCAGCCCCUCACUCCGGAGACCCGCGUUCAGCAGCCCCUCACUCCGGAGACCCGCGUUCAGCAGCCCCUCACUCCGGAGACCCGCGUUCAGCAGCCCUUCACUCCGGAGACCCGCAUUCAGCAGCCCCUCACUGUGGAGGCCCGUUUUCAACAGCCCCUCACUGUGGAGGCCCGCUUUCAGCAGCCCCUCACUCCGGAGACCUGUGUUCAGCAGCCCCUCACUCCGGAGACCUGUGUUCAGCAGCCCCUCACUCCGGAGACCUGUGUUCAGCAGCCCCUCACUCCGGAGACCUGUGUUCAGCAGCCCCUCACUCCGGAGACCCGUGUUCAGCAGCCCCUCACUCCGGAGACCCGUGUUCAGCAGCCCCUCACUCCGGAGACCCGUGUUCAGCAGUCCCUCACUCAGGAGACCCGCAUCCAGCAGCCCCUCACUCCAGAGACCCGUGUUCAGCAGCUGCACACUGUGGAGGCCCGCGUUCAGCAGCCUCUCACUCCGGAGGCCCGCGUUCAGCAGCCCCUCACUCCGGAGGCCCGCGUUCAGCAGCCCCUCACUCCGGAGGCCCGCGUUCAGCAGCCCCUCACUCCGGAGGCCCGCGUUCAGCAGCCCCUCACUCCGGAGGCCCGCGUUCAGCAGCCCCUCACUCCGGAGGCCCGCGUUCAGCAGCCCCUUGCUCCAGAGGCCCGUGUUCAGCAGCCCCUCACUCUGGAACCUCUGGUUCAGCAGCCCCUUGUUCCACAGCCCCACUCAGAAUCUCCAUGCACAGGCCAGGACAGUUCUUCUCUGCCAGCUACUGCGGCAAAUGUGAUGAAUGAGACGAUAAAAUGUGAGAAAGUAGAACGACAGAGGACUGUAUUCCGUCAAGGAAAGCAGGUUGUGUUCAGAGACGUGGACACAACUGGGAAUGAUGAAGAUAUCAUGGUGGAUUCUGAUGAUGAUUCCUGGGACUUGGUGACAUGUUACUGCAUGAAGCCGUUUGCUGGUAGGCCAAUGAUUGAAUGCAACGAGUGUGGCACCUGGAUCCACCUGUCCUGUGCCAAAAUCCGCAAGUCCAAUGUCCCGGAAGUGUAUGUCUGCCAAAGGUGUCGAGAUUCCAAAUACGAUAUUCGCCGAUCAAACCGAUCUCGAAUCAGCUGCAGGAAGCACUUCCUCGACUGAGGACAUUUGAGGCACAGAAAAAUGCAGUGGAGGUUGGAUAUAGA